GCAAGUCGCCAUGGAGUCGCUGUCUUUCUGGUCCUACUUCAAGAUCUCGGCGUGGACCUUCGCUGUGGCACUGGCCGUUUACAGCAUAUUCCGGCUGAUCAGUUGGCGCAAGAAGACGUUCUCGUAUUUCAAAGAUAUUGGGAUUCCCGGCCCGGAGCCCAGCCUACUGUGGGGAAACUUGGUGGGGUACCACGGAAAGGGUCUCGUGAAUGCUCUGACCAGGUGGUGUGACAAGUACGGCGAUGUCUUCGGGUUCUACAAUGGUGACGUCCCAACCAUAGUGACCAAGGACGUAGAUUUCCUGUCGUUCAUCUUCAUCAAGAACUUCCAAGACUUCACGAGUCGGGGGAUCACGAUGCGGACUGACGAGGAGCAUCCAUUCCUGGGUCAAAGCCUCCUGCACGCCAGAGGUCUUCCCUGGAAGCGCACCCGAAGCUGCGUCUCGUACGCGUUCACGUCCAACAAAUUCAAGCAGAUGAUUCCCUACAUGUCCCAGGUGGCAGACAUUUUCGUGGAAAUCCUCGGUGAAAAGGCGGACGAGGGCAAAGAGUACCCGAUGCUCUGUCUCUUCCAAGGCCUGACCAUGGAUUACGUCGGACGCGCUGCAUUCGGCUUCGACUGUACAUUCCAGCGGGAUCUGAAACAUCCCUUUCUCAGGACGGCUCAAAGUGUGCUUCCUGGAGUCAUGACAGGACCGUUCCAUUUCCUGGCCCAAAGUACGACCACUGUUCCCUACUUUACGGCUCCCCUCCUUUGGCUGAAUGCGAAGCUGGGCACAUUUACCUACGAUGUCUUCAACAAACAGACCAUGAAGGUAGUCGAGCUCCGACAGAGCCACCCCGAGGCUAAGAAACCAGACAUGCUACAGACGAUGUUGGAUGUGGAGGCUGAAGAAGGACAGCUUCCCGAAGCACCUCAGCUCCUCGAUGCUGACGCCAAACUCUACAAGAGAAUGAGUCCCGAGGAAGUGGCCAUCAACACAACGAUCCUGUUCAUCGCUGGGUUCGAGACGACAGCCACUGGCUUGAGCUACCUGGCGUACACCCUGGCCAAGUACCAAGACGUGCAACAGAAAGUGCGAGACGAAGUGGAAGCCGUCGUGAAAAAAUACGGUACCUUGGACUACACGGCUGUGACUCAAGGACUGAAGUACACAGCCAACGUCGUCGAUGAGACGCUGCGACUUUUCCCCCCUGUGGUCACGUUCACGACCAGAGCGUCUGUAAACGACUUUGAGUACAACGGCAUCAAGUACAAGGCAGGGACCAGUGUCAUCGCUCCUACCAUCCAGGUGCACAUGGAUUCCCGGUACUGGCCAGAGCCGGAGAAGUUCGACCCUGACAGGUUCUUGCCCGAGAACGUGGCCGAGCGACCCGCCAUGGCGUACCAGCCCUUCGGAGACGGCCCGAGGAACUGCAUCGGGAAGCGCCUGGCGCUCCUCGAGAUCAUCUACACGGGGGCCCGUAUGGUCCAGAAGUUCAAACUCACGCUCGGAGAGUCUCAGAAGGGAACCAUGAAGAUGGAAUUCCACGGCAUGGUGUCUUCGCCGGGCUUGGGGCCAUGGAUCAAGUUUGAGAGGCUCUAAGACCUCGUACCCGCCUGUCGCACAAACGCUCGUAAACUCUGAUAUUCAUACGCUUGUGUCAACAACGCGAACGCUUUAUUGUGUAUAUAUAUAUAUAAAUGAGAGUCGUUUGAUAAAACUCGGCCUGCGUUCAGUUUCGAGAACGCCACACUGGAGAUUAACUUUUGUUGUCUGCCAUCUUUUAAUUUUUAUAGUGUAACAAACAGUAAUCGUGUGGAACUUGGAAAUCUUGUGAGGGUUCUCUCUCUCUCUUUUUUUCAUGUGAGAUUCGCAAUAAUAACGCAAUUUUAUAACCUCCUUUAAAAUUCUUACAUCGAUGAAUAUCAAGGCCGAUUCACACAGUUGCGUUGAGUUUGACCGAGUGCGAGGGUUACUAUGGCAACAGUUGCGUCGGCUCCAACAAAGCGGGGUAAAAAAUGAUUUUGUUGGAGCCGAUGCAGCUGUUGCCAUGGCAACCCUCGCACUCAAUUCGACUCGACACGGCAACAUGUUCAAGACCGUCCAGGUAUUCCCAUCUACGAUGACUAUAGCACCUGUAAGGCAACGACGAACUUGAACAAUAAAAUCAUCUUUAUUCGUCUG